AUGGAUGAAACAUUAAUUGCGACUAUUAACAAGUUACAAGAUGCAUUAGCUCCUUUGGGAGGAGGUUCAUCGUCACCAGUUGAUUUGCCUCAAAUAACUGUAGUGGGUUCUCAAUCCUCUGGUAAAUCAUCAGUUUUAGAGAAUAUAGUCGGUAGAGAUUUCUUACCUAGAGGAGCAGGAAUAGUUACAAGGAGACCACUUGUAUUGCAAUUAAUCAAUAGAAGAGCAACGCCAAGACCCUCUAACGAAUUACUUGAUAUUAAUACUACUAAUGACAAGGGUGAGGCGUCGGAGAAUAACGCUGAUGAAUGGGGUGAGUUCUUACAUUUGCCCGGUAAGAAAUUUUUCAAUUUUGAGGAUAUUAGAAGUGAGAUUGUCAGAGAAACAGAUGCUAAGACAGGUAAAAAUUUGGGUAUAUCGCCGGUUCCAAUUAAUUUAAGGAUAUACUCUCCUCAUGUUUUAACAUUGACUUUGGUUGAUUUACCGGGAUUAACUAAAGUUCCUGUUGGUGACCAGCCCAAAGAUAUCGAAAGACAGAUUAGGGAUAUGGUUAUGAAGUUUAUUGGAAAGCCAAAUGCUAUCAUAUUAUCCGUCAAUGCCGCUAACACAGAUUUGGCCAACUCAGACGGGUUGAAAUUAGCUAGGGAAGUGGACCCAGAGGGUUCUAGGACUAUAGGUGUUUUGACUAAGGUAGAUUUAAUGGAUCAUGGUACCGAUGUUAUUGAUAUAUUGGCUGGAAGGGUCAUUCCCUUGCGUUUUGGUUAUGUACCUGUAAUAAAUAGGGGUCAGAAAGAUAUUGAGGCGAAGAAGACCAUAAGAGAGGCAUUAGAGGAUGAAAGAAGAUAUUUCGAGAAUCAUCCUUCUUACAAAGCUAAGGCACAUUAUUGUGGAACCCCGUACUUAGCCAAGAAGUUGAAUGGUAUUUUGUUGCAUCAUAUUAAAGGUACUUUACCAGACAUCAAGAUGAGGAUCGAGCACUCUUUGAAGAAGUACCAAAAUGAAUUAAGCUUAUUGGGACCAGAAAUGUCAGAGUCACCCACUUCCAUUGCUUUAAGCAUGAUCACGAAUUUUACUAAAGAUUACAAUGGAAUUCUAGAUGGUGAAUCAAAAGAAUUAAGCUCUCAAGAACUAAGUGGAGGUGCCCGUAUCUCGUUUGUUUUCCAUGAAAUAUUUAAAAACGGUAUCAAUUCCUUGGAUCCUUUCGACCAAAUCAAAGACGCUGAUAUCAGGACUAUUAUGCAUAACACUUCUGGAUCAGCGCCUUCUCUUUUUGUUGGAACUGAAGCUUUUGAGGUCUUAGUGAAGCAGCAAAUUCGUAGAAUGGAAGAGCCUUCUAUACGUUGCAUCAAUUUAAUUUUUGAUGAAUUGGUAAGAAUUUUGUCGCAGAUACUUUCCCAAACUCAGUAUUCCAGAUAUCCGGCAUUGAAGGAGCAACUUUCUCAACACUUUAUUCAAUUUUUGAGAGAUGCGUUAAUUCCGACUAAUACGUUUGUGAUUGAUGUGAUAAAAUCAGAGGAGACAUAUGUCAAUACCGCUCAUCCUGACUUAUUGAAAGGUUCGCAGGCUAUGGCUAUCGUUGAGGAGAAAUUCCACCCGAAACCUCAAGUCGCGGUUGAUCCAAAGUCAGGAAAACCUUUGGCACAGCAACCAGCCCAGCAACAAAGUCCACAGUCUCAAAAAGACGAUGGUUCUAAUGGAUUUUUUGGGGGAUUUUUCUCAUCGAAAAACAAAAAGAGAUUACAAUCUAUGGAGGCUCCUCCCCCGGUGUUGAGGGCAACUGGAACUAUGAGCGAAAGAGAGUCCAUGGAGACAGAAGUUAUAAAGUUGUUGAUUUCAUCGUAUUAUAAUAUUGUUAAGAGAACUGUUGCAGACUUCAUUCCAAAGGCAAUCAUGUUAAAAUUGAUUGUGAGAUCUAAGGAUGAUAUCCAAAAAGAGCUAUUGGAAAAGCUUUACAAUUCGCCUGAAUUAGGUGAUCUUGUCAAAGAAAACGAACUUACAGUUCAAAAGAGAAAAGAGUGCGUCAAGAUGGUUGAAGUCUUGAAGAAUGCUAGCGAUAUAGUUUCCAGUGUUUAG